UUGUUUACAGUUGGAUGGCUUGAAUGUUUGACAGGCCGAGUCGAGUGAAUGCAGUUUGGCCACUUUAAUUGUAGAAGACUAAGUUCUUCUACGUUGCAAUCGUAAAUACAUCGUACCUGUCAAAUAGCUACUUUCUUGAGUCUCCUGACACAUCAUGGCAAGAGACCAGCGGCAAGUAUCUGAAGUAGACUGGGCCAAUCUCCAAGAUCCCACUAAAGUUGUUUAUACUAUUGGUAUUUACGGGUGGAGAAAAAGAUGCCUUUAUUUCUUAAUUCUUCUUAUCAUGAUACUAGCUGUWAUUAACUUGUCACUAACUAUAUGGAUCAUGGAGGUGAUGAGCUUUAACACAGAUGGCAUGGGAAAACUAAGGAUAACAAAUGAUGGAAUACGACUUUACGGACAUGCAGAAUUUGUGGAGUCUUUACAUGCCAAAGAAAUCAGAUCAAGUCAUAACAAGCCACUUGUUGUGCAGUCCACAAAAUCGCUCACUGUAAAUGCAAGAGAUGGCAAUGGAAAUAUUACUGGUCAAGUUUACUUAGGUGGAGAUCAAGUUGUAGCAAAAAACAAAUAUCUGUGGAUCAAGACUGAUCAGGACAAGAAGAUUAUGUAUGCUGACAAGGAUAAAAUAGAAUUCCACUCAGACAAACUGCAGUUUUCAAGUCCUUAUGGAGCACAUUUUACUGGUUCAAUCGAAACUAAGAAAGUAAUGUCCCCACCAAGAGAACAACUCAAAUUAGAGUCCCUAACACAAGCUCUGCACAUGAAUGCACCUGAUGGAAUUGCCAUGAAGACAACUGCUGGUGGGAUGACAAUGCAGAGUUUGACUGACAUCGAAAUGAAAUCUAAUGAAAAGAUUACUCUAGAUGCCAAAUCAGUGUUUAUGAAGAUUGGUGAUUCGGGAARCAGCAAGACAUGUACUGUUUGUGUGGAUAAAAACGACAAACUAUUCCUAGGUGCCCCUGACGAUUGCUCUAAAACGUGCCUUUAAGAAACGUGCCUUUAAGCAAAGCUUAAUGUAUGGAAUAGUGAAAAAUUGCCAGUUUGUAUAAUACAARCCAUGCAAUUUUACAAUCAUUAUUUCCUUUGCUGGAACAAGCCGGCUAAUGAUGAGCUCGGAAAAAAUACCCGGAUUAGGAAUCAGCUGACUUUGGCGAUAAUGUCUACUAAUUUCUUACAUCUUUUUAAAAGACCCCAGUCUCAACGGACAAUCCACCCCAUCUGUUAAUUGUAUGCAUAUCGUGUUUUUGGAAUGGAUGGUUUUACUAGUAUAUGACUAUCAGUCGUCGGAUACCGUUUCAUAAGCUAGAUAAAAAGGACUGCAAAGGCAUCUUAACAAAACUUAAACAGAUACACAGACAUAUGAUGGACAAUGAAUAUUUAUUAGCUUCAGAAUACAGCACAGCACUACGAUCAAACAAUGUACGUUAUUAAGAUAGAUAUCGUACUCUUUUGAUAAUAAUAGAUAAAAAUAAAGAAUACAUUUCCUAAUUAUUAUGUAUUUGUUCAAUAAAAUUGUCUUUUAUGA